GAGGCGAGACCCCCGCAGAGGAGGAGGACGAGGGGACCCUAGAGGGGUGACCGCCACUGACCGGUCUCCGAAGGAGAGACCCCCGCAGAGAAGGAGGACGAGGGGGCCCCGGAGGGGUGACUGCCACCGUCCGGUCUCCGAGGCGAGACCCCCGCGGAGGAGGAGGACGAGGGGUCCCCGGAGGGGUGACCACCACUGACCAGUCUCCGAGGCGAGACCCCUGCAGAGGAGGAGGACGAGGGGGUCCCGGAGGGGUGACUGCCACCGUCCGGUCUCCGAGGCGAGACCCCCGCGGAGGAGGAGGACGAGGGGUCCCCGGAGGGGUGACCACCACCGGCCGGUCUCUGAAGCGAGACCCCCGCAUAGGAGGACGAGGGGGACCGGACUUCCCGGAGGGGUGACCACCACCGGCCGGUCUCCGAGGCGAGACCCCCGCAUAGGAGGACCGGGCUCCCCGGAGGGGUGACCGCCACCGACGGGUCCCCGUGCCCCGGAAGGCGGGGCGCGGAUGGGCCCGGUCACCGGGAUGACUCCCGACGGCAGCGCCGAGACGCCCGGUGCCGGGAAAGCGGCGGGCCUGAGCCCGGCGGACGGGGCGGGCGGGCCCCCCGAGGCCCUGGCCGCCCCCCGGCCCCGGCCCGGCCCCGCGGCCGGCGCCGGCCCGGACGAGGAGCUGACCAACCUCAACUGGCUGCACGAGAGCUCGGACCUGCUGACGGGGCUGCGGCUGGGCGGGGCCGCCCUGCCCUCGGUGGGCCCGCUGGACGCCCCCGGCCCGGCCCCGCCGCGCUCCCCGGGCCCCGGCCCGGGCCCCGGCUCGCCCACGGCCAAGCCCCCGUUGUCCUUCAGCCUGCUCAUCUACAUGGCCAUCGAGAACUCGGCCGGCAAGUGCCUGCCCGUCAAGGAGAUCUACAGCUGGAUCGUCGCCCGCUUCCCCUACUUCGGCACGGCGCCCGCCGGCUGGAAGAACUCCGUCCGCCACAACCUGUCGCUCAACAAGUGCUUCCGGAAGGUGGAGCGGAGUCGGGGAAAGGUGAACGGGAAAGGUUCCUUAUGGUGUGUGGAUCCGGAAUAUAAACCCAACCUCAUCCAAGCUCUGAAGAAGCAGCCUUUCCCGUCCGCGUUUGCGUUUUAUACUCCACCGGCCUCUCCAGAAAGCGGGUCAUCGCCUCCCCACGACCUAACGUCCACGCUGAAGCAGAACCGAGGACGGACGCUCAAAGAGUCCGAUUUCGACGCCGCCACUGCAAUGAUGCUGUUAAAUUCUUCUAUCGAGCGAGGGAUUUUGGACUGCGAGAAGCCCCCGCCGGCCAAGGCGGGCCCGCCCAAGAAGAGGAGCCACGGCAGCGCCUUCGGCCCCUCGGCGCGGCCCCGCGAGCCCGACUGGCCGGAGGGGCCCGACGGGGGGCCGCGGGAGGACCACAACUACAGCGCCAGCGCCGCCGUGCCCGCCCCGGCCUCCCCGGGGGAUGCCCGUCGCCAUGACGACGACGCCGCCGAGGACCAGGGCCCCCCGUGCCCGCGGAGGUCCGGCCCGGGCCCCGGGCGGAGCGGGCAGCAGGCCCGCGGGGAGGGCGGCCAGGAGAUCGACGAGGAGCUGAAGGAGGCGGCCGGCUCCCUGCUCCACCUCGCCGGCAUUCGCACCUGCCUCCUAAGUACUGCCAAGGCCCGCAGCCAGAAGCAGCGGAAAAAAUAG